AUUUAUUAAUAGUAUUGAGACAUUUCACACUUUCUCUCUCUUUCUCUCUCUCUCUCUGUGUGAGAGUGUGUGUAUUAAAGGUUUACAGUUCAUUUAUCAAUAAGCUAUUAUUAGAGUGAUUGUCUUUUGCCGUCUGUCUGAUUUUUUUUAAGUACUACAAAAAAAACAUGAAAAUUGGUUAUAGGCAGAGUUUUGUACUCCUUCAGAAAUGCAUAAUUUUGCUGUAAGCUAAAUUUCCUAUUUGUCGUUGUUUACACUUUGUUUUUGUUUAGUUUUUUUCACGAGGAAUGACUUGUAUGCGGGGUUCAUAUCAUAGACAUGGUAUAGACCCCUUUUAGUAAACAUUGUGAUGUGACGUCGGCGUAAAAGGGGCACUACUGUUACUGAAUUACGAGGUCUCUUGGCAACGGCGAUGUCUCCACGGCAACAUCAUCCCCCUGAUCCGUCUGUCGAAAAGCUCAAUAUGAUUUAAUUCAAGCAACACAAAGCUCACUCUACGUCAACAGUAAAAGGUGAAAAUCUUUGCUUUGUCACAAUUAAAAUUCGGAUUAUCAAGUCAGUGAUGGGGAGUAAAAUGCCGCUGUUUAUGAAUUAUUUUUGAAGCGCGAGACAGGGGCAGUGACUCGUGGAGCGGUGGAUGGAUAACAAACGUGCGCGUGUGUGAGAUUCAGUGACCCUGUUGCUAAAUUCCGUGCGACCCACAUUGCUGUGCAAAAACCUGUCAAAUACCUUACCGGCAGGAUGGACGCGGGGGUGCUUAUAUUUUUACUAUACGUCAUGAUAGCUCACGAGCUGGUGUGUGGACUGAUGCAGUACAGGAGACAAGCAGCCAAGCCACAUAAACGCCUCAUGUGGACCUCUGGUGCUCGUGUCUGUCAUGGAACGUGGCGAGUCAGUAGCCAGCCGGUCCGGUCAGGGAGACGAGACUCAAAGAAAUCUGGGCGUAUUGUCAGGAAAGCAUGACAUGAGAGUUGCUUUGGACAUAUGAUCCAUAAAUGUGAUUCUUAAUCAUCCAUCCUGCACUGUGAUCAUCACUCAAUGAAGCUAUGCUGGACCGCUCACUGCCAUUCACGAUUAUGUGAAACAAAACUAUGAAGGGAAAUCACGCCCAUCUUAUGUUUAAUCUCUCAUACGACAUAAAAGUUUCCUUAAACUCAACUGUUUCAGCACACAGUCCUCAUUCUUCAUGCUAGAAGAGGAACGAUUACAUCAUAUACGCUUGUCUGAUCUACUUGUUUUGCUUCUCCAGAUACAUACUGUAAAUCUGGUCCAGUAUGUCUUGCGUAUCUGACAGCUCCAGCCUCAACAAGGCACUGCGGCACCAGUAUCUGAGUCUGCCACAGGGACACUUCUGUCAGGUCACUUACGUCUGGAUUGAUGGCUCUGGGGAGGGUCUGCGCGCCAAGACUCGAACCAUGGAUUCGGAGCCAAAGAGCAUAGCUGAUCUGCCGGAAUGGAACUUUGAUGGUUCCAGCACAGGCCAGUCUGAAGGACGCAACAGCGACAUGCUACUGAUUCCUGUCUGCAUGUUCAGGGACCCCUUCAUUUUGGACCCAAACAAACUGGUCCUGUGUGAAGUGCUCAAGCACACCAGGGAACCUGCAGAAUCGAAUCACCGUAACAGCUGUAACAAGGAAAUGGAGAAGGUCAAAGAUCUCCACCCUUGGUUUGGUAUGGAGCAGGAAUAUACUCUACUAGGUGUGGAUGGACAUCCUUAUGGCUGGCCCAGACUAGGCAACCCCAAACCACAAGGUCCGUAUUACUGCAGUGUUGGCGCUGACAGAGCCUUUGGCAGAGACAUUGUGGAUUGUCAUUAUAAAGCCUGUCUUUAUGCUGGGAUCAAAAUCAGUGGCACUAACGCAGAGGUCAUGCCCUCUCAGUGGGAGUUCCAGGUGGGUCCAUGUGAAGGAAUUGAGAUGGGAGAUCAUCUGUGGAUGGCACGUUUCCUGCUACACAGGGUGUGUGAAGAUUUCGGAGUGCUGGCCACCCUGGAUCCAAAACCCAUGACAGGAGACUGGAACGGAGCCGGUUGCCACGUCAAUGUGAGCACAGUGCAAAUGAGAGAAGAAGGAGGAAUUGAGCACAUUGAGAAAGCCAUCGAGAAACUGAGUAAGCGACAUGUAGAGCAUAUUCAAGUCUACGACCCACGCGGUGGAGAAGAUAAUAAGCGUCGCCUCACGGGUCAUCACGAGACCGCCAACAUCAGUAAUUUCUCAGCAGGUGUUGCUGACCGCAAGGCGAGUGUCCGGAUCCCUCGUCAGGUUGGUCAGGAUAAAUGUGGUUAUUUUGAGGACCGCCGUCCUGCCGCCAACUGUGACCCAUAUGCCGUGACCGCCGCAAUAGCCCGCACAUGCAUGCUGGAAGAAGGCAAAGAUGUUCAUGAACAGGAAUAACACACCUUUGGAAACAAUUCAUUAUUGUGAAUUUAUAAGCAGAGGGCACAUUAACCUGUUAUAUUUGUCUCUUGUUAUUACUCUAAAUUAAAAUUUUUAUCUGAA